UGGAGGGAAGUUUGCUCCCCAGAUUAUGGUCCAAAGCUUUUCUCCUCCAAAAUAGCAGAGUAGGACGACAAUUCCAUCGUAGCUUCCUUCUGUAUGCAUCUCUCUCGGGUAUAAGAGUAUGAGUUCUGCGGCACUUGCAAAGCUACACUGUUUUCGGCUGCGUAGCAUCCACAACAUACGCUAUGGCUCCUCUUCAGUUCGACUCUACCAUAGUCCUAUCUCUCGCCUUCCUGGUUUCCUGCCUUGUCGUCGUUAGAAGCUUCUGGUCAGGUCGCAAGGACGGCCUCCCGCCGUCUCCUUGGGCGCUGCCCGUCAUCGGCAACCUGCACCAGCUCGGCGGCGGCCACCACCACCGGACUCUGCAGGCUCUCGCACGGCGCCACGGCCCCCUCUUCCGUCUCCGCCUCGGCUCCGUGCCGGCAAUCGUGGUAUCCUCGGCGUCGGUGGCGGAAGCCGUGCUCAAGACCCAGGACCACGUCUUCUGCAGCCGGCCACCGCACUACACGGCCCUCGGCACGCUCUAUGGCUGCCGGGACAUCGCCUUCAGCCCCUACGGCGAGCCGUGGCGCCAGUCACGGCGCAUCGCCGUCGUGCACCUCCUCAGCGUCAAGCGAGUCGGCUCCUUCCGCGCGCUACGGCUGAAGGAGGUCGCGGGGUUCGUGCAGCAGAUCCGUGCCGCGUGCGGCACCGGGAAGGACGGAGGAGUCGCCAACGUGAGCGAGCUCACCGUCAGCCUAACCAACACCGUAAUAUCGAAAGCCGCGUUCGGGAACAAGCUCGGCGGCGUGGAGCCGGCGAUGGUCCGCGACAUGAUGAAGGAGCUCACUGACGUGCUCGUUACAUUCGCCGUGAGUGACCUGUUCCCGCGACUGCGGUGGUUGGACUGGGCGACGGGGCUGGACGCAAGGGUGAAGAAGACGGCAGCCAAGCUCGACGGUCUUCUCGAAGGUUCGCUCGCAGAGCACGAGAGGAGCCGAGUAGACGGCGACGGUGAGGUUCGAGACCUCAUGGACGAUUUGCUGUCGAUCCUCAAAGAAGGUGAUCGGGGAUUUAAGCUGGACCGGAUUGACAUCAAGGCACUCAUUUUGGACAUGUUCAUAGCAGGUGUCCACACGACCUACAAGACCAUAGAAUGGACGAUGGCUCAGCUUCUUAAGAAUCCAAGAGAAAUGGCGAAGGUGCAAUCCGAGGUGAGACAUGUUGCUGGCGGUACAGAUGGAGGAGUCCUUGAGGAGGAGCUGGAGAAGAUGAGCCUCCUGCACGCGGCCAUUAGAGAAGCAUUGCGGCUAACGCCCACCCUCAUCGAGCGUGAAACAAUCCAGGACACACGGCUACAUGGCUAUGAUAUUCCAGCCAAGACCCGGGUUUUAAUCAAUGGGUGGGCGAUCGCGAGGGAUGCUGAGUCGUGGGAGAAUGCCGAGGAGUUCCGUCCGGAGAGGUUCCUAGGAAGGGCCAUUGACUACAGCGGCAAGGACACCAGGUUCAUACCGUUCGGCGCAGGGAGGAGGGGAUGCCCUGGCACCGCCUUUGCGAUGCGCCUUGUGGAGCUCACGCUGGCCAACAUGAUGUACCAUUUCGACUGGGAGCUGCCGAACGGCCAGGACCCAGGGUCAUUUGAGGUCAUUGAGACUACUGGGUUGUCACUUGGCCUUGAGUCUGCCUUGAUCCUUGGCGUAAAACCUUGUAAGAAGGCAGGGACUAUUUUGGACUAGGUGUCAACUAAUUCACCCUAUAUAAUCGAUAUUAUUAGAAC